AUGCGCAAUGGCAUUGAAGAGCUACAGAGUACACGACUACUAUCUUGCGCCUCGAGCAUCAUGGCAUCAACGCUGAAUAUCUCCGACCUAAAUGACAAUGUUUCUUCCGAACGCAUCUUCAUCGUUGGAGGAGGCAUAGUCGGUGCAGCUCUCGCUUUUUACCUCUCGAGGGAUCUUCCUAGCAGCAGCAACCGUCAAAUUGUCAUCAUUGAUCGAUGCUUGAAGAAGUCUCUAGGUUCAACGGGCCACGCGCCAGGAUUCGUGGGUCAGCUCAAUCAGUCACCGGUUCUGACCAAACUCGCCAAAGACACGGUCUCGGAGUACCUCUUGAUCCCCGAUGGCUUCAGCCCUGUUGGUGGGCUGGAACUUUCAUCGAGUCCCUCGGGUGUGGAGGCCUUGCGUCGUCGGUGCGAGAUGGCGCUUGCUGCUGGCUUACCCGCCGAAAUCAUCACGCCUGAGACUGCAGCUUCUCUUGCUCCGGACUUCAUCGCCCCUGACUCAGUGGACAUUGGACUGUAUUUCCCUUCCGACGGGACCGCAAAUGCGCAGAAGAUCACAUCUCAUUAUCUUGACCAAGCGCGAAGCCGAGGGGUGAGCUUUGUGGAAGCCAGUGUCACUGGGUUCACAACGUCGAACGUCGACAACGACCAAACCGAGAUGACAACUAUCCAAACCUCUGAAGGGGAUAUCAGUCUCGCAGGCAGUACCGUCAUCCUUGCUUCUGGGAUAUGGACUUCGUCGCUGACAUGCCCUACCAACGGCGCGAAACUCCCAAUCACUCGAGCUCCUGUGCCUAUUGUCCCUGUCGCGCACCCUUACACAUUCACCGCGGCUCGGGCUCAACGCUCUGGAAAACCAUACCCAUUUGUUCGCUGGCCAGAUCACCAUGUCUACGCAAGGGACCAUGGUGAUCGAGAUGGUCUCGGCAGCUACAAUCACGCUCCAAUGCAUCUCGAUCCAAGCACAACAGCUAUCGGAGCCUGGCCCUCGGAGUUCAAUGAGAUCCUCACUGAAGCUGCUUCGCAUUUGAAGAACGGGAACGAAUUCCAAGUGCAAGGGUCUGACAGUGACUCUGAUCCUUGGGUUGCCAAGGAGCCGUUCAAUGGGAUCUUUGCAGUCACCCCUGACAACUUACCCUUAGCAGGGAAAGUACCCGAUGUUGUAAAUCUGUGGAUCUGCGCUGCAAUCUGGGUUACUACCGCUGCCGGUACUGCGAAGCUGAUAUCGAGGGAAAUCUGUCGUGAAGCUGGAACUGCUUCAGCGCCCGAAGAUCAGCCUCUUCUAGAGGCUGUGGCCCCUGCUCGUUUCGAGGGCAUUGAGUUGAACGUACUCACCCAACAGGCAUUGGGGAAGUACAACGAUAUCUAUAAUCGCAAAAAUUAG